ACGGCCAAAAUCCGCAGCUAUGAUGCUGUCGUCAGAUAAUGCAGACAGUAGCUCGAUUUCUUCGCGCACGACCAUGCAUCCACCACCGAUGGAACUACCACCGCGACGUGAGCUUCCGUUUGAGCGUCCAGAUAGUCGUCGAAAUGAUAGUCAAGGCGGAAGUUCACGACCAGCGUCAACAUCACUUGAACUGCCUCCACUGCCCCGACCGAACAUAACGAGACAGACGUCUGACCGCUCGAUAUCCAGCCGACCGACGUCCCGACUGCAUAAUUCGAGCUCGAUGAUUGCGGCAGAAGAUAUCGCAAGUGAUGGUCGUAGUCGAGGGAAGACCGCGCCUGAGAAAAACGCAUUGACCCAUCUGAAAGAAGCCACUAUAUCUCAGAUCAAUGCCUCCCACCAAGCAGGGUCAUCCAUUCAACCGCCAGCUAGACCACUUCCUCCAACGAAUUGGACACACUCGUUGAGAGUCGCAGCCCGCCAGAGUACUCUCUCCGACGCUCCGCACGACCUCUCACCUCCACCACAUGCACGAUCCCCCGGUCAGACAGCUAUCCCGCGCCUCCCUGUCCAGCCACCUCCAGGUCCCACGAAUAAUGUUCCGCAGAACGAUACUGUCAUGCAUGACAUUGUUGCGUCAUCCAAAUUCGUUGACAGUCUACAAGCAUCUGCUGCGUCUAUAGAACAGCAGUCGCUCUCUUCAUACGCCGCGCAGAACGUGAUCGAUCGACGAGCGAUACUUGAUGAGUUCAUGGUCGCGCAUUUGAAAGAUCCCGCUUUUGCUACACUCUGUGAGGAUGUGGAGAAUUGCUGGCGUAGAAUUGCCUUAGGUUUGUGAGACCGGUUGUAAAUGUCGCAUGUAACGCCAAGGUAAGCGGUUGAUCCUUUGCCCUUUCACGUUCGAAUGUUCAAUGGCUUGGAGCGGGUCUGGCAAUAUUUCUUAGCUCACUCUUCGAUUGCUCUUCACAAGGACAUGUGCGGUGCCAGAUAGCUACAAAAAGAACGAUGCAAGUACGUUCAGUGAGUUCGUCAUCUCACGAAGAUAUCUUCGCACUGAACGCUGAACACGAGGUUUUCCUAUGCCCAGAUCAACGAUGAAAGCCUGUCGUGAACAUGCUGCUCCACUGGUGAGAUUA